AUGGAUGCUCUUAGUAAAUUCACGAAGAAAAUAAGCUCAAGCGAAGAUAUUACCGAAUCAGAUAAAGAAUCACAGCUGAGGAAGGAGCUUUUGUUACAACGUGAAAAAAAUGAACGACAGCAGGUGCAAAUUGACAAUCUAUCGAAACAACUCAACGAGCUUAUGCAAAGUAUACGGAAGGAUGAAGUAAUAAUACCGGCAGCGCGAAGACAGCAGGGAAAUUCAGCAGUUGAGCCGCCUUUGCCUUCAAAUAAUAUUUCCACGGGGGAGUACGACGGAUCAACUGACGUAUCUGCAUUUAUAGAUCAAAUUAUAAGAACAAGUAGGCAAUUAGACUCUGAUCCAACAAUUUCUGCACUAAUUAGGAAAGUUUGUGCAUCAAAAUUAAAAGGAAGAGCCCAGCAGGUAGUAGAAAGACACCAGGUAACCACUGCCGUGCAACUGAAAGAAUGCUUAGAAACACACUUUGGCAAGUUAGAGCUUGAAUACGAUCAACUGUCUGAAAUCAGAAAUGCUAUGAGGCAAAAAUCCGACGGAGAAGGUGGCGAUUAUAAAGAAAUGCAUCGCGUUUAUGAGUCCAACAAAGCGAUAGAAAAAUUCGUACGCGGAUUAUACCCAGAGGGAUUACGACUCGCCGUCCAACAAAAAAAUCCGCACACUCUUCCUAUAGCAUAUCAACAAGCCAUGUAUGAAGAACAACGGAGAAAUGAAGAUGAUAGGCUACGCGCUAAAAAUCGUAUCGAUGCUACGUACGAAUACGCCGAUCAAAGAAAAGAGCGAGAGAAAAGGGAAAGUCGGCCUAAAGACAGGUAUGCGCGCCCAAAUAAACACUACUCCAAAGAUAGAUACGACUCAGCACCAAGGGAAAGAUAUUAUAGUGAUAAAAGGGAAGAUAAUCAUCAUAGUAGAUCACGAGAACAGUCAACAGACCGCUACCAAUCUCGCGAUAGAACGCCUCCAAAGGUUACGUUCGAGAAACAUGAUAGGCCUCCAAAGCCCACGUGCUCAUACUAUGGAGCAAAAAUUUUCCGAGACCAGCCUCAAGUCAACACUUGA